AUGGCCAAUGUCUUUCUCGGAGGCUUCGAUGGCACAAUCACUGCCUCCACAUAUGCAGUGAUCAGCUCGGAGUUCAAUGCCGCAAACACGGCUUCGUGGUUAACCACUUCGUAUUUGAUUACGAGCACAGCAUUCCAGCCUCUCUAUGGCCGAUUCUCCGAUCUGCUCGGUCGCCGAUCGUGUUUCUUCACUGCAACCAUCACCUUCAUGGCCGGUUGUCUGGGUUGUGCCAUCGCCCGUGAUGUCGUCUUCUUGAACAUCAUGCGGGCUUUGACGGGCAUCGGCGGAGGGGGGUUGAUGACUAUGGCUACCAUCAUCAAUUCGGAUCUGAUUCCCUUCCGCCAGCGUGGAAUGUACCAGGCGAUCCAGAAUGUCUCGUAUGGAUUCGGUGGCAUCUGCGGAGCAUCUUUCGGUGGCUCUAUUGUCGACUCGAUCGGAUGGCGUUGGUGUUUCCUGCUCCAAGUCCCGAUCUCCCUCUUUGCGUUGGGCAUGGGCUAUGUCGUCUUGAAAUUCCCGGCUCGAAACACCGAGACAGCAGGUGAUCAGCCACAGGGAAUCUGGCAACAGAUUGAUGUUUGGGGCGCCCUCUUGUUGAUUCUGGGUCUCUCUGCUCAGCUUGUCGGUCUGAGUCUCGGCGGCAACAUUCUCCCCUGGAGCAACGUCUGGGUGAUCACUCCGUUAGUCGGAAGUGUCAUUCUGCUAGCGGUAUUUGUUGCUGUCGAAGCAAAGACUUCGGCCGUCCCUUUGAUCCCAUUGAAGAUGCUGCGUGGAACACUGCCUGUAUCCACACAGAUUGCCAAUGUCUGUGUUGGAAUGGCCGCUUAUGCUUACCUCUUCACUCUCCCUUUGAUGUUUCAGGUCAUUCUACUCGACUCACCCAGCAGAGCUGGGACUCGACUCGUGAUCCCGUGUCUUGCUACGCCCUUGGGUGGCCUCAUAGCCGGGAUCGUCAUGUCACGCUGGGGCAAACUAGCAUACAUUGUGCGCACCGGCGCGACCCUGAUGUUUGUUGGCAACUUCCUGGUCAUGCUGCUUCGUUUCAGCGAUUCGGAGUGGAAGUACUUCGCCUUUGUCAUUCCUGCAAACCUAGGUCAGGGGAUGGUGUAUCCGGGAAUCCUGUUCACCUUCCUGGCAGCCUUCGAGCAUGCCGACCAUGCCGUAUCCGCUUCAACCGUCUACCUCAUCCGCUCUCUCGGAACCGUUUGGGGCGUCGCAGUCACCUCGACAAUCAUGCAGAACACAUUGAACUCAGGCCUCGGGGAGGCCUUGAGUGGAAUACCAGACAAAUGGAAAGUAAUUGAUGAGAUUCGUCACUCCGUCUCAGCCAUUUAUGACCUGCCUCCUGAUGCGCAGAUGGCUGCCCGAUUGGUAUACUACCGUGGCAUUCGACUGUCCUUCAUGGCCUCCGCGAUCUUUGCUUUCAUCGCGACCGUCGCUGCCCUUUUCACUCGUGGUAAGGGACUAGAGCGUGCUGGGGCCAAGUAG